AUGUGGUUAAUAUUAUUUUCUUUAUUAGGAAUUUUAUCUAAUAUAAUUGAAACACAAAAUAUUGCUUUACCAGAAAGUAUUGCAUUUGGUCAAUUAAUUAAUAGACUGGAACAAUGUAAAUAUCUACAAAAUAUUACUAAUACUCAACAACUUGCUCGUCAUGAAUAUGUUGCAUUUGAACAAUGUCUUUAUUAUUAUUUAGCCAGUGAAACACAAAAGAAAUUUUUAAAAUUAAAAGUAUUACAUCCAUUAGCAACAUUACCUCCAUCAAGUAAUGUUAAUGUUAAUGUUAAACAAAUAACUUUACAACAUUUUUCAUUAAAUGAAUUUGUUAAAGAUCUUAAUAUUGUUGGUUAUAUUGAACUUAAUUGGGAGGAUGAAAGAUUAAAAUGGGAUACAAAUAUGUGGAAGACAAAUAAACUACAGAUUCAUUCUGCUUCUCAUUUAUGGUUACCUGUCCUAUCAGCACAGGCAUUUGAGACAGCCAUGAGGGCAGAAGAUACAAUGGAAGUAAGAAAACUAGAAACAUCAUCAAAUGGAAAUACAACUGGAUUAUUUGCAUUUUCUUUAAAAACUGUAUGUGAUGAUACUGAUUUUAGUCAUUAUCCAAAUGAUAUAUAUAAAUGUUGUUUUCAACUGGAACCACAUUUGAAUCAAGAUAUUAUACAUUUUCAGACCAAUGGACAACCUAUCUUUACAGAUCCAAAAUAUUUUAGAAAUAAAGGGUGGUCUGUGGCUGGAUCAAUACCAACAACAAAUAAUAAUCCUGCUGAAGUUUCAUCACUUAAUUUUUGUAUUAAUCUUCAAAGAGCAAAUAAUUCUAUUAAAUUAGAGUUAAGUCUUCCAGUCCUAAUUUGUGGUAUUCUUUUCUUAUUCUCACCUAUCCUACAAAUUAAAUCUCAAUUUUUAUUUAAAUUAUUUGUUCUAUUUUUACAAUUUAUAACAUUAAUAUUAUUUAAUUCAAGAAUAUCACCUCAUCUUGGGGCAUCACAGGCAAUUCCAUAUGUCAUGAAAAUUCAUGGUUUUUGUAUGAUAAUGAAUACAAUUAGUAUUCUUGUUUCAGGAUUUAUUUUUAUGUUAGGAAGAAUUAAAAGAACACUUCCACCAUAUACAUGGUUAAUAACAUUAAGUAAUAUAAUAAAUAGAAUGAUUUGUAUUUUUAAUACAGUUGAAGAAGUAUCAGAAAUAAAAAACAUUGAAAAACAUAACCUUGAAUACGGAUCAACACCAUCAUCUCACAUUAAAUAUCAAGAGGAUUGGAACAAUGCAUUUGUGGCAAUUCAUGGUUUUAUUGUAACAAUAAUCUCAGCAAUCUUUUUCUUUGGUUAUAUAAUUAUUAAUUAA